AUGUCGUUGAACAAGACCACUCUUGUGUUUUCACAACGCACGAUCCCGCUCGAGUGCGAUGUGUAUUCCUGUGCUGAAUAUCCACUCAUAGCUCCCGUCUUCCUGUACUUCCACUCAGGUGGCCUCGUGAGCGGUUCCAGAGAAUGUGUUCCGCCUUGGCUUGUACAGGUCUGCUUCAAGAAUCAAUGGACUCUCAUCAGUGCGAGCUAUCGGAUGCUUCCCCAGGCCAAAGCUUCAGGUCUGCUCCAAGAUGCCACUGACGCUUACUCCUUUGCCCUGCGUUGGGCAAUCACAAAUGAACUUGCCCCAAAUCGAAAAGUGAUUGUAGGUGGAUCAAGUGCGGGUUUCUUCAUUGCCUCUCUGACGGCUCACCACCUCCACCCGACUCCCCUUGCUCUGUUAUCAAUCACCGGUAUCACUACUUUCCGUCAUCCAUUCUUCAGUUCUUCAGUCUUACUUACACCGGAACCCAUAAACGAAGCACAAAUGAGCCACCACUUAUCCGCGCCGGUAUCUAUAGGAGUGACAUCCGCAAAUAAUCCACAGGUCUUCCAUGUUGAGAAGAUCCUUCCUGAUGGCGCCAAGAAUACCGCAUUUGUAUUGCCUCCACUCCCCAUCUCAGAUGAUGGCAACUGCGAUGAGUUCCCCCGAGGAUGUCUCUAUGACUACUACCUUUACCGCAACGAGUUUCUCAAUCUUGUGGGUGAAAUUGACCCAGGCUACGAAUGGGCCGAAAGUGAGAUGGGAGAGAGUAGAGCUGCGGCGUGGCCACCCACGACCAUCAUACAGGGUGACGCUGAUGAAGAUGUUGACCUCUCUGUGAGCACUCACAUGGUUCAUUGUCUCGGCGAUAGCAAGGUGAAGCUCUUCCUUGCUGAGGGACAGCCCCAUCUCUACGAGGCGACGAGGUUCAUUGAAGACGACAUGAGUGGAAUGGAUGCCGUUAGACAGGCAGUAUCAAAUCUGGAGGCCGACGUUGCCCGUGCCCUUGCCUGA